CUUAAAUGUGGUAUUCCUUUUUUUACUAAAAUAUUAUUGUUUAUAUGUAUUAUUAGUAACGUUAUGUCAAUGUAAAUAUUCGUGUGUUAUAAUAAUUGUCUAUUUUAUUUUUUAAUUUGUAAUUUGGGAAUGUAACACAAGGGGGCGCUAGGGGCAACUGAUAUAUAAGGAGUGUAAAUGGAUCAUGGGAUACUUUUUGGCUGUUUGAAGACUUUGGCGGGAAGAAGAAGAAAGAAAAGGACCGAGCGAAAAGGGAAGAAUAGCAAGAUCUUGGAUUAAGAACAACUAGUCACAUUGUAUGUAUGUUUCCCCUUCGACCCCGUUCUGGCUGUACUCCUAGUGUUAAUAUACGAUUAUCUCUGCUCUUAGUGUUGUCUGUUUUCUUUGUCUACUCAAAACACGACACACCACAUAUGGCGUCCGCGACAGGAUACAGCCAGUAGGGUCAUAACUUGUAUUUUCUAUCCGGUGUUGCAUUUAGAACUGUUUGAAUAUUUUUAUAUAUCUGGAUAUAUCAUUGUCAUUAUGUCGGUUAAUGUACAGGAAGACGCUAGCGAACCGGGAACUACUUCCAAUAGGGAAGGUGAGCCACCAAUUAUAUCAGGGUACCUCGGAAUGGUCCCGUUCUUUUCUGGUGAACGUGGUUCGAUAAAUGUAAUACAAUUCUUUAGAUGUUUUGAACAAGUGGCCUUCCUGGCCAAAUGGCGGGAUGCAUCGACCCUGAUAAUAACCUUAAGGGCCAGCUUGAAGGGUAGACCAUUAUUACUGUUCUGUGAGAGUGAGGCAGUGCAUGGUGAGGACUAUGAAAGGAUAAAGGGGGACAUGAUUAGUGAGUUCUCGCCCAAAACUACAAAUGCUGCAAUGGCAAUGGAGGAAUUUAUUCGCACUGAGCAGAGAAAAGGUGAAAGUGUGAGGGAGUUUACUGUGAGAGUCAAGUCCGCCAUGGAGGUUUUAGAGCUUAGCUCACCUCAGUACAAUAAUAUAAAGGGUGAAAUGUUGAAGGAGCAAUUUAUUCUAGGGCUAGUACUGCAAAUUCAGCAGGAGGUCAUUAGGCUGGAACCUAAAAAUUUGGAAGAGGCAGUUAGGCAAGCAGAGAAUUUUGUCAAGCAGAAAGAACGUUAUGCAAGGGUGGAGUCAAAAUGUGCAGUCGUUUCCUCUGAGGAGGUUGCUGUGGACAAAGUGGAAGCUUGUGUAAAUCAGGUUAGAGAAAAUAGCUCAUCAUAUGAAGAUGAGAUAAAGGAAUUGAGAAGUAAGGUGGAAAGCCUCACAACAUUAAUGCAAAGUGCUUUGUUGGGAAAUAGAAGAAGGGGUAGAAUUCGACGGAAACAACUGCAGUGUUUUGAGUGCGGAAAUAUGGGGCAUAUUCGUAGAAGUUGCCCCCAUAGAGUCAAUUUAAACUAGAAGUUUCCCACCAUGGGGGUCAGCAUGGCGGGAGUGAGUGCAUCAAACUGACCAGUCUGGAACAGAGUGCAAGGGGUCUACCCAUGUGCAGGGGACAUGUCGGUGAUUUGAGUGGUGUCUUCUUGAUAGAUACUGGAGCUGAGAAAUCAUUAAUUGACCAAAACAUAGUUAUGGGCCUGGACAGUCCAGAAUUUCUCGAAAUGGACGUAUCUAUAAAGGGCAUAGGAGGUACACCAAUAAGAUACCAGAAAGGUAUCAAUAUAAAUGUAAGAAUGUUGUCUGGCAAAAUUAUGUGUCACCCAUUUGUAAUUCAUGAUACUAAUAGCAAUUUUGGUUAUAGCGGCAU